AGUUUCUAAUACGCAUCAGUAUCACACCAUCACUCGAUCCCCCAACGAGUUCUCUCAUCUUCACUUCAAAAAUGGCUUCCAAUGGCAAGCUCGACGUAGAAGUUGAGGUGAAGUCUCACGCAGAUAAGUUCUGGGCAAGCAUCAGGGACUCUCCCACCAUCCUCCCUAAGGCCUUCCCUAAUGAUUACAAGAGCAUUGAAAUUCUUGAGGGCGAUGGCAAGUCUGUUGGUACUGUUCGACUAAUAACAUACGGGGAAGGUUCUCCUCUUGUCAAAGUAUCAAAGGAGAAGAUUGAGGCUUUUGAUGAAGGAAAAAGGACACUUUCUUUCAGUGUGAUCGAAGGGGAUCUGCUGAAUUACUACAAGGUUUUCAAGUGCCACAUCACUGUGGUUCCAAAGGGAGCUGGGAGCCUGGCCAAAUGGUCCAGUGAGUUUCAAAAGGCUACCGAGGAGAUUCCAGACCCGCACGUGAUUAAGGACUUUGUAGUCAAAAACUUCCAGGAGCUGGAUGCCUAUGUUCUCCUCGACGCAUAGAGGCACCUCUCUGUUGGAAGAUUGGGGGAUAAUAUUUGCCGAUGAUAUUAUGGCCUAAUAAACAAUUGUUUGCAGUACGUACUGCUCUCAUGUUUGUAGUUCAUUUUCUUGUUCGUUUGCUUAAGUAAUGCACUGGUGACUGGCUGUUCUUAUUAUUUA